GGCCCCUAUGCUAUCAUCCGUGGCAGGUAACGCGUCACUUCAGACAAGCAACGCCUUUAACUCAUUGUCGCCGGUGAUAUUGCAUUCCACCGGUGUUCCGCCUUUCUUUUCGGUCGCCGGCGACGAACACCGAAAUAAUAAACAAAAAUAGAAAAGAAGGAUUCCUAUUCCCCUACCUCAAACCUGCCACUUCCCUCCUCCCUCUCCACUUUCUCUCUCUAGAACGCGAAAACAUUGGAUUACGGCGUAGUUACACUCUCUCAGCUCACUCUUCUGUUAUUAUUAUUAUUAUUUUUUUAUCUUAGCUUUUAUCUCGAAUUUAGGAAAAGCAAAACAAGCAAGAGGAGAAAUUUGGAGGAGAAGGCGUUAAAAUUGGGGGAAAAUUGAAUGGCGGUGGAGUACACAUGUUGCGAGACGGGGUUUAUCAUACACAUUUUGAUCAUCGUCGGUCUAGUUUUCUUCGCCGGAUUGAUGUCUGGACUCACCUUGGGCCUCAUGUCGCUCAGCCUAGUUGAUCUUGAGGUCCUUGCGAAAUCUGGAACUCCUCAGGAUAGGAAACAUGCCGAAAAGAUAUUGCCAGUUGUAAAAAAUCAGCACUUGUUGCUCUGCACCUUGCUUAUUUGCAACGCUGCAGCUAUGGAGGCACUGCCUAUUUUCCUUGAUGGCCUAACUACAGCUUAUGGUGCUGUCCUGAUAUCAGUGACCUUAAUUCUUAUGUUUGGUGAGAUAAUUCCACAAGCAGUCUGCUCAAGAUAUGGAUUGGCCAUUGGUGCAGCCGUCUCACCAUUUGUUCGAGUCCUCGUUUGGAUCUGCUCUCCUGUUGCAUAUCCAAUAAGCAAGCUCUUAGACCUUCUGUUAGGACAUGGACAUAAAGCUCUUUUCCGCCGAGCUGAAUUGAAAACACUAGUUGAUUUGCAUGGUAAUGAGGCUGGUAAAGGUGGAGAACUCACGCAUGAUGAGACAACAAUCAUUGCUGGAGCACUUGAGCUUACUGAGAAAACAGCUAGUGUUGCAAUGACUUCUAUAUCAGAAAUUUUCUCCAUUGAUGUUAAUGGGAAACUUGACAGAUUUCUCAUGAAUUUAAUUCUGGAAAAAGGGCAUAGCAGAAUACCAGUAUACUAUGAGCAACCUACAAACAUUAUUGGGGUUAUUCUGGUCAAGAACUUGUUGACUAUCCCACCAGAAGAUGAGAUCCCUGUGAAGAGUGUCACCAUCCGUAGAAUUCCAAGGGUCCCAGAAACGAUGCCGUUGUAUGAUAUAUUAAAUGAGUUUCAGAAAGGUCAUAGUCAUAUGGCUGCUGUUGUACGACAGAGCAACAAGGUUGGGGAGCAACCUGCUAAUAACAGUCCUCUGGAAAAUACAGUGAAGGAUGUCUGCGUGGAUAUUGAUGGCCAAAGGCCACCUCUUGAAAAGACACUAAAGACUAAAAGAUCGCUGCAGAAAUGGAAGAGUUUUCCUAAUAAUGGCAGUAAUUCUUUUAAAAGCGCUCAUAGGAGCAAGAAGUGGACAAAGGACAUGUACUCAGACAUCCUGCAAAUAGAUGGAAAGCCACUGCCAAAGCUUCCUGAAGAAGAAGAGGCUGUUGGGAUAAUUACCAUGGAAGAUGUAAUUGAAGAGCUUUUACAGGAGGAGAUCUUUGAUGAGACGGAUCACCAAUUUGAAGACUCAUGACAGUGUUUCUGGUGAUUUAGUCUCGAUUAAUACACGGAGUUAAAAGGAGUUUUUGGCUAUAAAGAAAUUGGUAAAUACUGUAUGUGACAUACCAGUCAUUUGACCUGUAAAUUUGAGACAAGAAGAAGUUCUCAGCAAUACAAAGUUUCGGAUGGUCAUGUCUAUAGCCUAAUUAAACAUUUAGGUGAUAAAUGUUUCUAGUUUGUUGUCAUCUUCA